AUGACAGGCAGGAGGUAUAAUCUGUGGUACUACCCUAGGAGGAACAUGGUUUGCCGACGACUUCUUCCUGGGCUGGAUGGACCCGGCGGUCGUCCAUGUCACGAACGGAAACUGGAGCGAAAUUGUAGACAAAACUGGCCUCGUUGUGAACCUGAGGCAAAGAAUCUCAUCACAUCGGGUGCCGGGGAAGAAGGGUAUGGACUGUGGACUUGCUAA